AUGAAGGCUCCGGUGAUGACCAACCCUGAGGAAAUCUCCAGGCUGUACAAAGACCUCAGCCUCUUUCCUUCCCUGACAAGAGCAGAUGUUGGGCCUGUCAUAACCUCUCAGUAUGGAGGCAAAUACAGCAACAUUUACACAGAAUGGAGCCAGCGAGAUCUUGAUAGAAACGAGAAUGUAAAAUUUUGCAGACAGUACAUAGUUUUCCACGAUGAUGCAUCAGUAGUUUUCUCAGGUGCUUGUGGAAACUGUUCUGAAAUCAAAGGAGAAGUAUUGAGUAAAGAUUCACCUUCAGGAGAAAUGAAGGUAGUUGUGCGGGAGUGUACUGCCAAGGGAGAAGAUAAACAAUAUUUGGAGAUCUGGAGGAAGAAUGUCAAAAUCAAAAGUAUCAACCUUGCAGCCUUAAAAAAACAUGGAAAAGUUUAUGAAGAUGAACAGUUUGGAUGUCUGGUUUGGUCCCACUCAGAAACCCACCUUCUCUAUGUUGCUGAAAAGAAAAGACCUAAAUCGGAAUCCUUUUUCCAGACCGAGUCGCCCGGGCUGUCUGCAUUGACAGAUGAGGAUGAACCUUUGAGAUUAGAGAAAAAAGCUACUGUUCAAGGAGAGCAGUUCACUUUUUAUGAAGACUGGGGAGAGGCACUGGUCAGUAAGAGCAGCCCAGUGCUUUGUGUUUUGGACAUUGAAGGGGACAAUGUGUCUAUUUUGGAAGGUGUGCCUGAAGACAUAUCUCCUGGGCAGGCAUUUUGGGCUCCAGAUGAUACAGGAGUUGUCUUUGUGGGCUGGUGGCAUGAACCAUUUAGACUUGGCCUUAAAUAUUGUCCUAAUAGAAGGUCUUCUUUGUUUUAUGUGGAUCUCAUUGGCGGGAAAUGUGAGCAGUUGAACUCAGGCUCCACCGCAGUGUGCUCUCCCAGGCUGAGUCCAGACCACUGUAGGAUUGCAUACUUGGAGUGCUCUGUUUACGGACCUCAUAUGCAGUGCAGCAAGUUGUGCAUGUAUGACUGGUACACUAAAAAGACAUCAGUGAUUGUGGAUAUUGUGAAUAGGCCAGGAGAAGAUGGCUUCACUGGUAUCUAUAGCACUCAACUGUCUCCUCAGUGCUGGUCAGCAGAUAGCCAGCGUAUCGUUGUUGCUAGUCCCCAGAGAAGUCGUAAGGAUCUACUUGUGGUGGACAUAAACACUGGUCUUGUCACUUCAUUAACUUCAAACUCAGAUGCAGGAAACUGGUGUCUGUUGAACAUGGUUAGGGAUUUGAUGGUGGUCAGUUGCUCUUCCCCAAAUCACCCUUCACGCCUGAGAGUGGGCUUCCUUCCGACGAGAGACGCUCAGGAGAAAGUGUCUUGGGUCACUCUGGAAAACGCUGAUGUUUUAGAAGAUAUUGAUUGGAAGACUCUGACUUUUACUCCUCCACCAGAGCAAGACAACGACCAAUACUCUGAUCUUGAUUUUGAAGCUAUACUCAUUAAACCUAAAGACGUGAAAGAAGGUGUAAAGCUGCCUCUGGUUCUAAUUCCUCAUGGGGGUCCUCACUCAGUUUUUAUUGCGGAUUGGUUUCUGUCUUGCUCCGUGAUGUGUAGAAUGGGGUUUGCUUCUUUACUCGUGAAUUAUCGCGGGUCUCUUGGCUUUGGGCAAGACUGUGUACUCUCGUUACCUGGCAAUGUUGGGACACAAGAUGUAAAAGAUGUCCAUUUUGCAGUGGAAAGUGUUCUACAGAGUGGUGACUUCGAUCCCGACAAGGUGGCCGUGUCCGGUGGCUCUCAUGGGGGUUUUCUGGCCUGUCACCUGAUUGGACAAUAUCCUGGUUUCUACAAAGCUUGUGUAGCACGCAAUCCUGUCAUUAAUAUAGCAUCGAUGCUUGGCUGCACUGACAUCCCAGAUUGGUGUAUUGUUGAGGCUGGCUUUGACUACAGCACAGACUGUCUUCCUGACUCUGCAGUUUUGGAACGAAUGUUGAGCAUAUCACCAAUUAAAUAUGUUCCAAAGGUGCAAACACCAGUGUUACUGACACUGGGUGAAGAUGACAGGCGGGUCCCUAACAAGCAAGGCAUUGAGUAUUACAGAGCUCUGAAAGCAAAGCAGGUCCCAGUCCGGUUAUUGUGGUAUCCAGGAAAUAAUCACUCGCUCUCAAAAGUGGACGCAGAAUCAGAUGGCUUCAUGAAUAUUGUCUACAAAAGUGUGAAGACUGUGUUUGUCCUGUCCUGUGGAGGAGACACAGCAAACGGAGUGAUACGUCAGGCUUUUUUCAUGGUUCAGCAGAGACUUCUGGAUGAAAAGGUAGACUCAGCGGCUGCCGCUCAGGUCUCGAGCCAGGCUCAGUGUCUGGGGGAAUGCCUGGUUCAAGCUCUAGACCAGCUGCACCAGGCUACCUUCAGUCCUUCCCUUGGUCUUUCCUUCACUUUCAAGAUAAAUGUCGCCUUCUCCUGGUUCAAGGUGGUUCUUCAGUCAGUGGCAAUACAAAAAAACAAGAUCCCACUGACAGUCCAUGAGCUUCAAGAGGAGAUUAGAGCACACAGAGAAAUGAACAGUCGUUUGAAGCAUCAGCACCCAGAAAACUGCAAUUCACAACGAGACGUCCAUUUGGACCAACAGCACAAAGGGGACCACAGCCCUGGCCCCAGUCCCAGACAUAGCCCUAGUCACCUCCACAGCCUCAGUCUAAAGAAAAAUCCCAAAUCCAGUCCCUCGAACACGAUGAAUUUAAGACCACAAGAGGCAGACAUUAUCAUCCACAGCCCUGCCUAUGAAUGUAGUCCAGUAGGGUCUGCCCAAAGGAUUACUCCAUCCACUGCCCUACAUUCAGGGCCGAGGAAAAGUCCCAAUUCAACUCUUUACAGCCAGAACCAUGAGUCAACUUCAGCACGCAGCCAGAUCUACCAGCAACCCUUCAGUCCUUGUCAGGUGCCAGGCUGUGAUGGCUGCACUUCUCCCCCUCCUCAGGGCUCGUCUGCCGAGAACUACUUCCGCUUGCAGUCAGAGCAUGAACGUCAGGCCAAAGAGGUGUUCAUGCUUAAGGAAACCAUGGAGGAGAUGGAGAAGAGAAUUGACUCUCAGAAGCAAACGCUAGGAACCCGGGAUGAGAGCAUCCAGAGGCUGCUAGAGAUGUUGCAAGGCCAGAAUCAGAACCACAGGACCAGGGGGCAGAGGACUGGACUUAUCUCUGUGGCCACUCAAGAGGCUGAAGCCCAGCUAGAAAAUAUGCAAACCAGAGAGGUGAGUGUGUUUUUAGUUGACUUUAAUAGCUGGGAUCUGAACCUUUUUUUGGAGCUUCAUCGUCGGAACCAGCUCCAGGCUGAGCCGCUCAAAACCAGGGCUCUACAGCCGAUCAUCGAUAUGAAGACCACCAACCCAUCAUUCUGUUUUGACCCAGAGGUUGUUUGGCAGGACACCAAAAUCUCUUCCCUGGAGAGGAACAUGAGGGAUUUAGAGGAUGAGGUCCAGAUGUUAAAGACCAGUGGCCUGCUGCACCCUGACGACAGGCAGGAUGAGCUCAAGCAGGUGGAUGUCUACAAGAGCCAUUCUAAGUUCAUGAAGACUAAGAUUGAGCACCUGAAACAAGAGUUGAGCAAGAAGGAGACAGAGAUGCAAACUUUACAAACCAAGCUGGAAACUCUAACCAAUCAGAACUCGGACUGUAAGCAACACAUUGAGGUGCUGAAGGAGUCGCUCACCGCCAAGGAGCAGCGUGCCAACACUCUUCAGACCGAGGUCGAUGCUCUGCGUGUGCGUCUGGAGGAGAAGGAGCAGUUUCUGACCAAGAAGACAAAGCAAUUACAGGACCUGUCUGAUGAGAAGAGCACACUGACUGGAGAGAUACGGGAUCUCAAGGACAUGCUGGAUGUCAAGGAGAGGAAGGUCAACGUCCUACAGAAGAAGAUCGAAAACCUGUUGGAGCAAUUGCGGGAUAAAGACAAACAGCUGGCCGGGUUAAGGGAAAGGGUCCAAGGCCUUCAAACCGACUCGAGCAACACCGACACAGCCUUGGCCACAUUGGAGGAGGCCCUGUCUGAAAAGGAACGUGUGAUUGAGAACCUGCGAGAACAAAAAGAACGAGAAGACAGGAUGAAGCUGGAAGACAUGGAGCUCCUGCGGAAGGAAAACAAGGAACUUAAAGACAAACUAUCUACCUUACAGCCUCAAAGACCACUGCAGAGCAACAACCAAUCAACAAGCCCUGCCCCCGGCCAAACCCAGCGCAUCGAAGCAGAGAGGCCGAGUUUAAAUGGGACAUCCCGAAGCCCUGACAUCACCGAGCGUCUGAAGCUGCUGGAGCAGGAAGUGUCCCGUUACAGAGAGGAGUCGGUCAAGUCCCAGGCUGAAGUAGACCGGCUGAUGGGGGCUCUGAGGGACGCAGAGACGGACAGAACCUUCAAGGACAAAAAGAUAACUGACCUGGAGAGGCAAAUCAAAUCUCCCAACUUCCAGAAGCUGAUUAUUCCAGCUGAGAUGAGAAGAGAUGCGGUGCCAGACGGACAUGCACAUCCACAUUCUUUAUCACAGUUGGAGGAGCUGAUGAGGGCAUUGGAGAAGACCCGCGAGGAGCUUGAUGCCACCAAGAUGCGCCUGUCUACCACUCAGCAGUCUUUACACGAGAGGGACGGGCAUCUCACCAACCUACGUCAAGAGAGGAGGAAACAGCUGGAAGAAAUUCUAGAGAUGAAGCAACAGUCUCUUCUGGCUGCCAUCAGUGAAAAGGACGCAAACAUCGCACUUCUGGAAAUAUCCUGCUCAAACAGGAAAAAGGCCCAGGAAGAAAUAAUGGCUCUGAAGAGGGAGAAAGACCGACUGAUGCACCAGUUAAAACAACAGACGCAGAAUAGAAUGAAGCUUAUCUCGGACAACUAUGAAGAUGAGCCUCUGCACCCCCAGCAUCACCCCCACCACUCUCACCAUCUACCCACAGCAAACAUGCACCACAGAAGUCUUCCAAGAGGACCUCCACAUGCCAACCACCGGCCGCACGUAGACCAGGAUGAUGAAGAGGGGAUAUGGGCAUGA